ACAACGGCCAUUUGCUUAAUCAUGGCGAUUGAGAGAUAUGGAAACCUUCUACUAAAGUGAUAAUGAUGUGUAGAUAAGAUAAACUGGUAUCACUGGCAGAGCGAUGCCCAUUUCAAGCUCCAGGAAUCGCCUCACUCAGGCCGCUGUACGCCGUGCGGAGGACGAGGAUCAGAAUGGGGUGCGGUCCGGAGCGAGGAGCGUGCCGGUGUGUAACGUCGAAAACCAGGGCACGUCCAAGCAGAUCAGGGGCACCAGCGUCACACAGUCCCCCGUGGCAGCUGGACACAGCGGGGUAGCCAAGACGGAGAGCGGGCCUGGGAGACCGCAAGGCAAAGUGAAAUUGCCUCUGAUAACUCGGAUUCAGAACCGGCUAUUCGGUCGCUCACACUCCCAUGCCAGUGCCGUAGACAAAUCCCGUGACACCCAGCCAUCACCUGGAACCCCACGCAGGCGCCGAUUCCGACACCACAAACACCACAAGUCGGCCUCACCCGAGUUCGCGCUGCGGAAAAUCCGCUUCUUUGCCGCCCCACCGGAGCCGACGCCUUUGACGCUCUGCUUCAGCCAUCCUGGAGUGGAACUGACCCACGGCGACAUCAUCCGAGGUAUUCAGGCCAUGCACACCGUUUCUGUAGACGACAUCGAGAGUAUCCAGUUUGUCGACAUGAAUGUGAUUUUAGGAACAGCCGGUGUCAGUAACAGAUGGCUGAUAAAAGUGAAAGAUUAUGACACCAGGUAUCUGUUGCUAUGCGACGGGUUCAAAAUCAACGAUGAAUACGUUAUCCUUCGUAAAUACGACGAUGUGAACAUGGAGGACUACAGAGAAUACCUGCGGCGGAGGGAUACAUUGGCAAGUGAGGAGCACCGUGACGCAGUACAGAGACUGUUGGCUAUGUAGACUUGCGUGGCAUGAAAAUUGUGCUGCUUAUACUUAUAGCCAUGCAUCUGAAUUUGUUUGAAUAUCAGUGAAUAUCUUAACCCAAGCUAGGCCUUAGAAGAUCUUUGCUGAUUCAGGUCUUUUUUCAUUCACUGUAUUUCGGUAAUGUUUGUAAUUUCGUCAACACAUUUUAUAUAUCAUGUAGUUGCACGUCAUAUCCGACAAUUAUCCUCUGUUUGUCCACAUGUGAACCACUCAAACAAUGAUUACCAAAAUGUCUUUGUAAAGCCUCUGCUGGUUAGAAAUGUUGGUAGAGUAAAUAUGGGAACUAUUUUGCAAAUCAAUCAUGUACUGUGUAGGUUUUAAAAUCAGCUACUAUUUCUCUAUACAUGUAUACGUAUACAAAUAUGCAUAAAAAAUCACAAGGCCGUAGGCUUACCUGGUUACGUUUGCAAAUGGUUAAGGCUUACGCCCCUGGAUGUAUGUUAAUUUCCACUCGUUCAGUACUUUUGGCAUCGUGUUUUGCUCGUAAUGGGCGUUUUAGACACAGCAGGAAAGAGAAUGAGAGGGAGUUGUCGUUUCAGCACGAGUUACAGGAACUGGACUGUAGGGCCUAGGUGGCGUAGAUUGAGGGUUUUGUCGAAAUGAGAGAGAAAAAAUCUAGGCCGGCAGCUUCAUACCGCACGCUGUGAAGUUGUCUUUCAAAAAUGAAAAUGUUGAAAAGAAUUGCUCAUGGCACAUGAACUAUUGUCAUGAAUGAUGAGUGUGGUUGACCCACCCUAAGGUUUUGCUUGGUUUCUUUUGUUUCCAGCGUACGUCCUCGUACAGUUAUCGAAAUAAAAUACAGGCAAUGGGCUAGGAGGGAAUUACA